UUUCAAACACGGCAUUCCAUUUCCCUGCUCCUUUCCCCACCACUUUACAGGCUUUCUGUGACAGCUUCUCCAGCCAUGGCCACCUCGGCGAGCUCUCACCUCAGCAAAGCUGUAAAACAAAUGUAUAUGAAACUGCCCCAAGGAGAAAAAGUGCAAGCCAUGUACAUAUGGAUUGAUGGGACUGGCGAGUUCUUGAGAUGUAAAACCAGGACGCUGGAACGUGAGCCCAAGAAUGUCCAAGAUUUACCAGAGUGGAAUUUCGACGGCUCCAGCACUUUCCAGGCUGAGGGUUCCAACAGUGACAUGUACCUUGUGCCGUCUGCUAUGUUCCGUGACCCUUUCCGCAAAGACCCCAACAAGCUGGUGCUCUGUGAAGUCUUUAAGUACAACCGCAAUCCUGCAGAAACAAAUAUAAGGCAUACCUGUAGCAAGAUUAUGGACAUGGUGUCUACCCAAAACCCUUGGUUUGGGAUGGAGCAAGAAUAUACCCUUCUCGGAACAGAUGGACAUCCGUUUGGUUGGCCUUCCAAUGGCUUUCCUGGACCGCAAGGUCCGUACUAUUGUGGCGUCGGUUCAGACAAAGCCUACGGCCGUGACAUUGUGGAAGCCCAUUACAGGGCUUGCUUAUACGCGGGCAUAAACAUCGGAGGCACAAACGCGGAAGUGAUGCCAGCGCAGUGGGAGUUCCAGGUGGGUCCCUGUGAAGGGGUGGAGAUGGGUGACCACCUCUGGAUCGCUCGAUUCAUCCUUCACAGAGUGUGUGAAGACUUUGGCGUCAUCGUGUCUUUCGACCCCAAGCCCAUCCCCGGGAACUGGAACGGAGCGGGUUGCCAUACUAACUUCAGCACCAAAUUGAUGAGAGAGGACGGAGGCCUCAAGCACAUUGAAGAGGCCAUUGAGAAGCUGGGCAAACGCCACCAGUACCACAUCCGUGCUUAUGACCCCAAAGGGGGGCUGGAUAAUGCCAGGCGCCUGACUGGUUUCCACGAGACAUCGAACAUCCAUGAAUUCUCUGCUGGGGUAGCCAACCGAGGUGCCAGCAUCCGCAUUCCGAGGAGCGUAGGCCAAGAGAAGAAGGGUUACUUUGAAGACCGCCGACCCUCCGCCAACUGUGAUCCUUACGCUGUGACCGAGGCACUAGUCCGCACUUGCCUCCUCAACGAAACUGGGGAUCAGCCCUUUGAGUACAAGAACUAAGUGAACUUUGCCCCCCGCCACAAGCACCCAUUCUCUUCCUCCUUCUGUAUUUUCGCUGUUAUAGAUGUUAAUCCUGAGGGCAUGAGAAAACCAUGUGCGUGCCCCCUCCCCUCCACAUACACACUCGUUCUGGUUUUGUUUUUCUUGUGGGAAGGGAGGGGAAGUUUAGUCUCUUUCUGUGUUUAUUCUGUCGCUCAAGAGGCAGAGAAGUGGAAGAGUGGGCAUUAGAGGGGGGGGGGAAAUGCCCCCGUUAACCACUAUUUCAUCUAAUUCAUUUGUACGUCCUGACAGUGUUUGGCGGCUUCCAGGAAUGAUCCAAUUGGGAUGGAAAUUUUGAGGAAAAUUUAUGGCUAGGCCUCUGCCUCCCUUUUCCUGAGCACUACUGAAUUCAGUGAGAAAUGCACAAAAAAUGUUGCUGUACAUUAACUGUUUGCUUCAGUGGCGUUCAGACAUUGAGGAAUUUGUGUGGGACUCACACCAGACCUUCAUCUCUGGUGGCACAAGGCAUAUCCUGUGUUCUCCAUCAAGAUUCUUCAAGGGCAGAAGGCUGUUCUGAUAGCAUCAUAUAUGGGAUACAGGGUACCUGGGCCAAGAUGAUCCCUUUUUUGCCGGAACUGAACCUCUGAUAAUCCUUACGGCAGAUUGUCAGGAGGGUUUUCACCCUGAAGUUUUAAAAACAAAUCCCUACGGAAUUAUUAAAAGUCCUCAAACGUUUUGAUCUGUUUCUGGAAGCCAUAUGACUUUUCUGUUUCUAACACAGAGUGAAGUAGUAUUUUUAUAUUUAAAUGUUUUUUUAAAAGCAAAAAAAAAUUCCACUAAAUCAGCCAUUUGUGGGAAGGGCUGAGGUUACAGCAGGUGCUUGUUAGCUGUUUAAGAUUCAGUUACGGAAUGAGGAGAAAAGGCUUUUGGGGGAGAGAGAAAAGCUGCAGGUUUUUUUGUUUUCGUUUCCAGGGGUGGCUUUGAUGGCUCAUUAAGGACAAGGGGUUAUCCGUUUACAAGCUUGUAAGUUAAAACAGGUAUUAAUUUUUUUUCUUUUAAUUUAAAAUGGAAGCCACUGGGCUGUCUCAGGCAGGGCUGCGUGCGGCCGGCUGUGGCAAGGAAGAUAUAUUUGUGUUUUUCGAUAAGAGUUGGCUGGUCAACUUUCACCAUGUUAUUGAUGAUGAUUUGGCAGGGAAGGGGGCGGGAAGGGGAACGAGCACGUUAAAAAUUUCCAGUAGGAUUUGCAUGGCAACCGAAGUGGGGCUUUUGAUAGAGAAGAAAACAAAAUGGGUUUUUAGAUUUUAAAUAACAUGUUUUUAGGGCUUUCUAAAAGUUGUACAUUUUUACAGAGAGCAGUGCUAUUCCUGUAGGUACGUCCUGGUGUUUGAAAAUGCCUGCCGCUUCUUGCCAGGACCACCUCACCCCACCCCAGACUAACAAACAUAGUUGCCUUCAGAGGUAACGCUAGUGGGUUCAAACGUUCCGGGAUCUUGUCACUUGGUAUCUUGGAUGGUGCCGAUCAUGUUCCGCUGCAUUUGGACUUUGGAAUAGUUUUUUUUUUUUUAAAUAAAAAAGUCAAACCUA